GUGGGGAGGUGGGGGAUCCCGUGUCGCCGCCGCCACCCUCCGCUGGAUCCAUUGUGAGGAAAUUGCUGUUCGCCGGCAGCGGCGGCACAUCUGGGCGGGCACAUCUGGGCAUGCAACAUCGGCUCCCGCCGCCUUCCUCCCCCGUCCUCCAGCCGGCCGAGCGAAUCCCUCCGGGCCGCCGGGGAGACUGCCGCUCGCCAGCCCCGGGGUCUGUCUUUCGGACCGAAUAUUAAAAGCUGGCAGCCCGGGGAGUGGGGUGUGUGGAAAUAAAGGCUGCUUUUUAUUUUUUUCCCCUGGGAUUUAUUUCAUGGGGAUGUGUUCAAGACAAGAGAGGAUUCAGAAGGAUAUUGACGUUGUGAUCCAAAAGUGCAAGGCGGAGAAGGACUGCCUGUUUGCAGAUUUCAGGUACUCAGACUCCACCUUUACCUUCACCUAUAUUGGAGGCUCCAAAAGUGUAUCCUAUUCAGUGCAUGUCUCUGAGGAUUACCCAGAUAACACUUAUGUUUCCAGUUCUGAUAACGAUGAAGAUGUAUUAGUUACAACAGAGCCAAUUCCAGUAAUUUUCCACCAAAUUGCUACAGAAUUAAGAAAAACAAGUGAUGUCAACUAUUGCUUAUCCAUAAAAUCAAAAUUACAGAGGGAGAAUGGAGAGGAGUCACGGCACAACAGCACAGUUGAAGAAGACUCUGAAGGAGAUAAUGAUUCUGAGGAAUUUUAUUACGGUGGACAGGUUAGCUAUGAUGGAGAACUUCACAAGCACCCACAGCUGGAGGCUGAUUUGACAGCAGUGAGAGAGAUCUAUGGACCUAAUGCAGUAUCUCUCAGGGAAUAUGGAGCCAUUGAUGAUGUAGAUAUUGAUCUGCAUAUUGAUGUUAGCUUUCUUGAUGAAGAGAUUGCUGUGGCUUGGGAUGUAAUUCGCACAGAGCCUAUAAUAGUGCGAUUGCACUGUUCGCUUACACAGUACUUAAAUGGCCCAGUGCCAACUGUGGAUGUAUUUCAGAUCUCUACUAAGGAAAGAUUUGGGCUCGGACAUCAGCUGAAAAAAAUCAUGCAGACAUUUGUUACACAACAGUGGAAGAACAGCAAAGAGAAAUCUAAUUGUACGCACAAUAAGAAGUUGUCUGACAAAAAGGUGAAAUCCCCUCUGCACAUCUUUUCUACAUUGCGCAGGUCGCCAAGUUAUCCUCCACCUGGCUGUGGUAAAAACAAGUCAAAACUGAAGUCAGAACAGGAUGGCAUCUCCAAAACUCACAAGCUACUUAGAAGGACUUGCUCUAGCACAGUGAAGGCGGAGGAUGUAUGUACCACAAAAUCUCACAGAACCUUUGGCCGCUCGUUGUCGAGCGACCCGAGGGCUGAACAGACAAUGGCCGUUAAAUCGCACAAACUCUUGAACCGCUCUUGCUCUGCAGCUGUCAAGCAGGAGGAGUGCAUCGCUUUAAAGCCCCAUAAGCUGUUAAGUAGGUCGUGUUCCGGGGACCCUCGAUGUGAGCACAACAGCACCUUGAAGCCCCACAAACUUUUAAGCAGGUCCUACUCCAGUAAUCUUAGAAUGGAAGAAUUGGAUGGAUUGAAGAAUCACAAGUUACUCGGCAAGACCUACUCCAAUGCCCCUAGAUCAUCCAAAAUGGAGCCUUUCAAGGAGUCCACCAUAGCAGAGAGCAGGAGGCUCUCUCUUACCUCAGGGCUUAUUGGUAUCUUAACACCAUCUUCAUCAUCACCUUCACAAGCUGCUCAGAAUUGCGGUGCAAAAUGCAUUCCAGUACGAGACCGUGGCUUUCUUGUGCAGACUAUUGAAUUUGCUGAGCAGCGGAUACCAGUAUUGAAUGAAUACUGUGUCGUUUGUGAUGAACCCCAUGUGUUCCAGAAUGGCCCUAUGCUGAGGCCCACUGUUUGUGAACGGGAGCUCUGUGUAUUUGCUUUCCAAACAUUAGGAGUGAUGAAUGAAGCUGCUGACGAAAUUGCAACUGGGGCUCAGGUGGUUGAUCUGUUAGUAUCCAUGUGUCGUUCUGCAUUAGAGUCACCUAGAAAAGUUGUCAUUUUUGAGCCAUACCCUUCUGUAGUUGAUCCUAAUGAUCCUCAGAUGCUGGCCUUUAACCCCAGGAAGAAGAAUUAUGACCGAGUCAUGAAAGCAUUGGACAGUAUCACUUCAAUUAGAGAGAUGACACAGGCACCUUACUUGGAAAUAAAGAAGCAGAUGGAUAAACAAGAUCCGCUUGCACAUCCUCUUCUACAAUGGGUUAUUUCUAGUAAUAGAUCACAUAUUGUGAAGCUACCAGUGAAUAGGCAACUAAAAUUUAUGCACACUCCCCACCAGUUCCUACUUCUCAGCAGUCCACCAGCCAAAGAAUCCAAUUUCCGAGCUGCUAAAAAUCUCUAUGGAAGUACCUUUGCAUUUCAUGGUUCACACAUCGAAAAUUGGCAUUCAAUUCUGAGGAAUGGCUUAGUUGUUGCUUCUAAUACGAGGCUGCAGCUCCAUGGUGCAAUGUUUGGAAGUGGAAUCUACCUUAGUCCGUUGUCAAGCAUAUCAUUUGGUUACUCAGGGAUGAACAAGAAGCAGCAGAAGGUGUCAGCUAAAGAUGAACCAGCUUCAAGCAGUAAGGGCAGUACUACAUCACAGUCACAGAAGAAAGGACAGCAGUCACAAUUUUUGCAAAGCCGUAACUUAAAAUGCAUAGCCUUAUGUGAAGUGAUAACUUCAUCCGAUCUGCACAAACAUGGAGAGAUAUGGGUAGUUCCCAAUACAGAUCAUGUGUGUACAAGAUUUUUCUUUGUUUAUGAAGAUGGUCAAGUGGGUGAUACAAGUAUAAAUACACAGGAACCAAGCAUUCAUAAAGAGAUUCUUCGAGUCAUUGGCAAUCAAACUGCUACUGGUUAAAAGGACCACUCUUAUUUAAUUGAUGUGAUUUGGAAGCCUUCCUCAGUCUCAAAGCUGGAUUUUGAACUGAAGAAGAUGCAAAAAACUAAUUUGUUAUUAUUAAAAGCAAAUUAACCCUUUGAAUACUUACUGUUUUCUUACUUAGUAUUUCUUAUCUCAUCAAAAUACCUGAGAUGGUAUGAAUUAGCAACUGUAGGGGUGCAAAGUCUAUUAAUAUACUACAACAAAUAAUAAUUAAGCAGGCAUUUGGGUUGCUCACAAUAAACAGACUUUAAAAAGGAGUUUUGUGCUGAUAUUUUUAUAUUAAACUUCAAUUGGAGGUUUUAGUACUGUAUACUGGUAUUUUAAAUUUAGAAUGACUGAAUUAUAAGUGAUAGAGAAGAUUUUAUAGCGGAGCACCUGUAUUGUGCAGGAUACUUUGCAAUAAGUAAAAUAUUCUCAUAUUUAAACAUAAUAAAAGAUUGUCUGGAACAUGUCAAAUUAAAGAGAUUGGUUACCUGCAGCUAUCUUCGAUUGAUUUUAUUUACACAAAUGCAGCUAGGAUUUAGAGUCAAAGGUUAAAACAACAAUAAAUUUUUUAUUUAAUGGGUGCAACAAAGCAAAAAGUAAUGAAUGUGAUAGUGUGUGUUUAGUUUUCUUUGUCUUCUCUGGAAGCACUGUCUUAUCCAUUAAGCUUAGCAAACAUCUGGAAAUCCUGAAGCUCUUCCUUUUUACAAAUUUGGUUUUUAUAUACUAGAUUUUACAGUUUCUUCAUAUCAACAAGAUUCUUUAAUGCUUUCAUCUUAACUUCAGUGAAACUGCUCUGUGGUUGAAUUUAGCCACAUAUUUGAAAGUACAUGCUUAAUUGAGUUGAUUGUUCAUACAUCAGAAAAAUACAAAAAAAAAAAAAAAGCAGUUUUUUACUGAUUUUCUCUGGUGAAGUAUUUUUAUUAAUUUAUUCCUAAGGGAAAAGAAAUAAAUUCAAAUCUCUCUGUCCUUUAAAUUAAAAACUCUUUUUUUCCAAGUAAGCAUGAUGAUAACACAGAUAGGGAGGGACCCAGUCUCUAAGGCAUAAAGCAUAUCCUGUGCCCUGAUGAGUGCUCCUGGUGGCCCUCAUGGUAGCUAUUCUGGAGCAUUAAUCACACCCUUGACUAUGGAGACCAGUUCAACUUACUCAUCUCUGCAACUAUUAGAGGCCACCUCAGAAAGCAAAAAUAGACUGAAUCCUCUAUUAUGCUAUUUUCGUAAUAAAGAUACUGACGCACAGGUAUAUUUGUUUCUUUCAAACAGAACUGCAUUAGAUAUGCUGUAAUGGGCGAUUCCUUCUUCCUGGUUCAAGCUACACUCCCUUACUACUUGCUGCAAUUGAGGUGCCCUGCAAGUAGAAUAGUAGUAUUGGGCCUAAGAGACAUUUAGACAUGUCUUUUAGCAUUUGCAACUUAUUUACUGGGGACUUCAGUUUUUCCAGGUUCACAUUCAGACUAGUAAAGCCAAUCCUGUUUGCAUAUCCCUAUUUUGCUGUUGAUUGUCUGUUGAUUUUCACCCUCGUUUGGUGAACUCCUAGCUUGAGAAUCACUACUCUAAUUGUUAUCUUUUGUGUUGGGACACAGGUUAACUUCUUGAAACAAAGAGGAUUCCUGAAAUUUGUCAGUCUAUGUAAAGGCUGCCUUAGGUUGUGUAACUGCACAAAAUCAGCAUAACUCAGAGGUGGAGCUAAAAGCCCAAAAAGAUCAUCCCUCUAUAAUUUGUCCUGCCAUAUUUGUCUAAAUUAUAAUGGUUUGCAUAACAAAAAGAAACUAGGAAGCAAGUUCACAAAGAUACCCUAUGUUGACUUGCUGGUCUUAUAGUCCCCCACUCUAGGAGGCCUCCUCAAAAAACUAGGAGAAAAUAAAGGUGACCAUGGGUGAACUGGAGAAGCCAAGUAAGCAGUGAUCUUCCCUGUCCCAUCAAACUGCAGCAGGGUCACAAGUGAACCCCUUGAAGGAAGAAACCUGGAAUGUAGGUAUGGCAGCAAGUUUGCACAGUGGGCUCAUAAUACUGACCAUGCAUGGUGCCAUCAUUAAGUACAUGGGAAAAUACAUCCCUGGCAAAUUUUAAGACUGCUCAGAGGUUUGUUUUAAAUGAGUGAGCAGGAGUAAGAGACAGCAUGGAGGAAAGCAGGACUCUGAAAUGUAUGGAGGACUUCCUGUUGUAAGGUGCCACUUCAGGGAGUACUGAGGUGACUGGCUUGGAGGAGGGUGGCCAAGAGUAAAAGGCAGAAGGUGAUGAGCACAGGUGUUAUAAAGCAGUGGGAGAGGGCAGAACUUUUCAGGGAGAAAGGAUGUUCUAAAGGGACAAGGGGGUUGCUGGUAGGAAAGAAAAACAAUUGAGGUGCCGCCAAAUUACUGACGCGCAGCAUCAGCAGAUCAGGUCCCACAUGGUGAAUGGCAGGAAAAGGGACUGGGAGAACAAAGCUGCAGUGUGGGGAAACAUGGAUAUGGGGCAGCACCAUGCCCAGGGAAGCUGGGCCACCUGGGAAGAUGUCAUGCUGCAGAGGACAGUGCAAGGACACAAGCCCAGUGUCACAUGCAAGCAGCAAUUAAAUUAAACCAAAAUUCACUUGCUACAUGGUAACUCAGUCACUUUUUUAUUUAGCCAAUAUAAUAACAAGAUGCUUCAUCUAAGGCGUUACAUCAUUAGAUGGUGAACAGGAGUCUUCAGUUCAUUUAACAGAGUAUUAGUUCUUCUCUGUUAAAGGUGAGGGGAAAGAGGGAGGCUCUUCAGGGGUUUGUUACUCAAAAAUAAAUAAACCUUCUAUAGCAAAUUUGAAAGUUGAAACAAAGACUUUAUCACAGAGAACUUGAAUGAAAAAGCCAGAGGAUGAGAUUUUCCUUGAAGGAUUUUUCCCUUGUGGUUUUAUCCAAGAGUGGAAGUUGCACAUUGCCAAAUUCUUCCAAAUACUUGCAUUCACAUGUAUUCCAGGGAAUGAAAAUAAAAAAAAGCCAUGGCCAUCUGAGCAAGGACCCUGUGUUAUCUCCAGAGCCCUUGCAUUUCUCUUCCUCUGUUAUCAUGCACACAUACUGGUGAUAAAGCAAUCUUUUUAACUCCUGCUGUAAAGAUGCAGGCUUUCCACAGAUAGCUUUUAAUCAAAGAAAAUAGAGCCCCAGGCUCUACUGUCUCUAGUCGUAGAAAUCUCCAUGAAGCCAUUGCUAUCUAACUGUGACCAUGUUCAGCACAGAGCAACCACGGGAGUUCUUGGGAAAGAACUUCUUUCUACAUCCUACGACAAAUUACAAGCUCACAAAUAAAAAAGGUUUGGCAUAAAAUUAUGUUCAUACCUUAAUGUUGCACCCUAAUUAUGAAUUGCCAUAUUGAGAACAUUGAGAAAGGAAUAAAAAAAUAUGAUUUUAAACCUUCCUUGAGAUUCAGGCAAAUAUUUAGCAUUCAAGGGGUUAAGCAAUUUGAGUUACCUUCUCCUAUGAUAUGAAUCAGCAUAGCUCUAUUUUCUUCAGCAGUCCUUCACUCUUUUGAUAACCUGAGUCAUUGGCUCCGUAAUAUUUACCAUAAAAUGACCAGUUUGUGUCAUAUUCUGUGUAAUAUUUUACAGGAACUAGUUGAUGACACCAGGAUUGUUUAUGCUUACAUUUUUCUUCUAAAGCCAUUGAAAAACUGGUAUUAAUGCUGUAUAAUUUUAGUAUUAUAACUGUUGGUACUGAAAAUGCAUCCAGUGAAUAAUGCUAAGAUGAUACUUUUGUUAAUACAAAUACAAGAUCACUCCAAAUGAAGGCUUUGUGCUUAGGUCAGUUAUAAUUUGCUUCUAGCCCACUUACUACUGCGGAAGCAAUUGGAGUCCUUCCAAUGUGGAUGAGUACAAAGUGCAAAAAAAACCCAGAAAGGGACAACUGAAUGAAGAAAUACAUGAUUUACAGAGAAACACUAAAAAGCCUCCUAAAAUAGAAAAACUGUAUACUCAUUUAAGUAUUAUAUUAGUUUAGAUUAAUUUCUUCUUUGCUCUAGAAAAUCUAAGUCAGAUACAAAGAGUACAAGCCAUGACUGACAGGAAGGUAAUGCUAUGGGAGCAAAAGUGCUCUGUCACCAUAGCAUUUUCACAACAGAUAGAUUUGGGGCCAGAUGCUGUGUUGUGCUGAGCACCCAUCAGAGGUGUUGAAGGUCAGACCCUUGAACAAACAUGGGCAGUUUUUGUACCAGCCACUCUUCAAUCUCAUGGCUUCUUUUUAGAAGCCACUGAGGCGAAGGGCCAUUGUGGUGGGGUCAGCGUGCAGAUGUGAGCAGGACUCAGCUUCUCCAUGGUUGCAUGGUGGUGGGACAGCCCCAGUGGUGGAAGGAUGAAGAGGAGAAACUGCUGGGAGGGCCGCAGCAGAUGGGUCCCAGCCUCGCCACGCACGGCCCCUCCGCCAGCUGCCAGUGCUGCGGCAGCCUGGCUAGCACUGGCCACGCAUCCACUGGUCGGGGGCAUGCAGGGUCCUAUGGUGAUUUAUUUGCAAACCCGGGGCAUUAAUCUGGUGUCCUGUGCAAUUUCUUCAUUACAAACACUACCUCAAGGUGAAAAUCGAGCCUGUUGACUAAACGCAGCAAGGUCCGUUGUCUGGAGUGGUUAAGAUUAGGUGUAGCACUGGAAGUUGUUCAGAAAGGAUCUUGAGUCUAGUCAGCCAGGGCUGUGAUAAUAACCAGAUUUAUUCCUUAAAGUGCUUAGAAGUGGAGGAACACUUGUGUUUCAGAAGGGGAUAAUUAGAAAUGGGAAGAUUUACUGAAAGCAGGGCGG